ACUGCUAUCUAUUCCAAUCUUUUGCUCUUCACAAAAAUUAAUGUUAUCUAAGAGAGUAUUUCGAGUCAAGCUGACCUGUUGCUCUCAGCACAUUUGGAUUUUGAAAUUGUUCUAGCUUUGUCAAACUACAAAUCUCAUCACCAUUGACCAGAAGCUACUGCUUGUGAUAUCCUCAUUGGCAGUCCAACCAGCUGUCUUGGACAUUGGGUGUCUAGAAUUUCGUUUCUGUCAUCAAGUCCACUUCCGAGCGGGUAUACACUCGUCAAAGGAAUGUCUCAGCUCAGCAACGAUGAUGCCGAGGCAAGUCCGGGGUUCGGACGCGCAGGAGUAUCGAUAAACAGGCCCUCUGGCACUUUCAGCGGCCAGCUUGAUCCUCUUGUAACUUCCAAAUUGGGGAACUCUCAACCCCCGCCAGUGGAAGAUAACAAUACACCUGCUUACAAGAAGCAGAAACUGGAGCAUUUCAAUAUUUCAUCUUCCUUCUCCCAAACCUCUGAUCUGGAGAAAAUCCUGGCAAAGCUCUCUCCUAAGCAACAGCCAUCUGAUGCUUGUGCCACAAACCAGGAGAUCCUUACGCGCCUUUCUCAACAACAAGCCAUGUUGAAAAAGCAGCAUACUCUCCUGGCCAGCAAUCAUACUCUCUCGAGCAUUCAUCCAACAACUGACAGCCUGUCCAGUCUGCUAGCCAUCGCUCCUGGAACCGAACCUGUUUCAAUUCAACCAUGGGCUGAUAGCGAUGAGCGCGAAGCAAGCAACAUAGAAGACCCAUCUGAAAUUACCCGCUUAAAGCAAGAGUUGCUUGCGGCAAAUUCGAAAAUUGCUCUUCAAGAACAAGAGCUUGCACAGACCCGUGUCAUAAAGCAUACUCUUGAUCAAGCCCUCGGGCCUCCGUCUGAAGUUGACUUCGGUGGUAGGGAUGUUACCGAGCAAACUCUCAGCAAUUUGCAAAAUGCCUUUAACGCCUCAAACCAAUCAUUCGGACACUUUCAGGGCUCCUGGAAUACACAAGAAGAUGCGCGGUCCGACUUGUCUGAUGCUCUUUCAGCUGGCACAUUCAACAAAGCUCGCGGGGUUUGGAUGCCACCGUCUCAGCCAGUAUUUGGAGCAACUACGGAUUCUCUGGCCACGGACAAAACCGGCAUUGGAUUUGAUCAUGUCUCUGGCCCAAGUAGGUCCCUGGGCCAAGAAUUGAACGGGUUCUGGGCUCAGUCGGUGAAUUCUGAGGUACAAGGCGGGAGUCCCUUCCAGCUUCAUAAAGUACUGCCUGGCCCUUCUGUUACGUCCUCGAGACAAGAGCUGCGAUAUCCUGGAGAUCAAAGUCGGUUUUUUUCAGGGACUACGGGGAUCACUCAUCAAACUGUUAUACAAGGCCCUCGCCAAGGAUCUUGUUUUCCAACCCAUCCUUCUACAUGGGGAGCUUUCCCUACCGGGCUUCUUGGUAACUCUGUUCACACAUCACCCACAUCACCCACCAAUAGACGGUUAAGUCCAUUCCAGUCUGUCGGUAUGUAUCAGAUGCCGCCAUAUCAGCCUCGACCCGUGGGAACGCCGCUUUCCCCGACGGCUAGUGAGUUCACGUCAAAUAAUGCGAACGUGUCUGCAUGGGCAAAUUUAGUGGCACCCGUCGAUCCCAUUCAGACAUAUGUCUCGCCGCUUGAACCGCUCAAUUAUCGGCGACUCCUUGACAAGAACGUUUCCUGCGACUGGAAAUAUAUCGUGGACAAGAUUGUUUGCAACAAUGAUCAGCAAGCUUCAAUCUUUCUGCAGCAAAAACUCAAGGUUGGCACAGUUGAACAAAGAUACGACAUUGUCGAGGCCAUAGUCAACCAGGCAUAUCCCCUCAUGAUUAAUAGAUUUGGUAAUUUUCUUGUUCAAAGAUGUUUUGAGCAUGGAACCCCCGAGCAGGUCAUUGCCAUUGCUAGCGCAAUAAGAGGCAAUACUCUGAGCCUGAGUAUGGAUCCUUUCGGAUGCCAUGUGAUCCAGAAAGCUUUCGACUGUGUUCCCGAAGAACAGAAGGCAGCUAUGGUUCAUGAGCUACUGCGGAGGAUUCCGGAAACGGUGAUUCAUCGAUAUGCGUGCCAUGUUUGGCAGAAGCUAUUUGAACUGCGCUGGAGUGGCGAGCCUCCACAAAUUAUGGCGAAAGUCAACGAAGCUCUGCGCGGAAUGUGGCACGAAGUGGCUCUCGGAGAGACAGGUAGUCUAGUGGUACAGAAUAUCUUUGAAAAUUGCGUGGAGGACGAGAAGCGCCCGGCAAUAGAAGAAGUGCUCACCAAAAUUGAUGUGCUUGCCCAUGGCCAGUUUGGAAACUGGUGCAUUCAGCACAUCUGCGAACAUGGCGCCCCCCACGACAAGAGUCGAGCCAUUGAGCAUAUCUUGCUCUGGGCUGUGGACUAUAGCAUGGACCAGUUUGCUUCCAAGAUUGUCGAAAAAUGCCUGAAGAUCGGCGGAACCGAUUUUCUUGAUCGCUACCUUUCUCGAGUUUGUAUGGGUCGUUCGGACCGUCCAAGAAUGCCCCUCAUUGACAUUGCUGGCGACCAGUAUGGCAAUUACUUGAUCCAAUGGGUUCUCAUGAACGCUGCAAGUCAUCAACGUGAGCUUGUUGCCACUCACAUCCGAAAGCAUAUGGUAUCCUUGCGGGGCUCCAAAUUCGGUUCACGAGUGGCCAUGCUCUGCUGCAUCCAAGUACACAAUAAUCGAACAGGUCCCAGUUCCGGGUUUCCAAUUGGCCGGUUCAAUAAUUUCAACGACGACCGUUUCCAAGCCCCACCAGGUAGUCGAUUCAAUCGAAGCAACCAGUGGAAUCCAAACUACCCGCCAUUUCGUUAAAUUUCAAUACGUUCACGGGUCGAUUUUCAAAUAUAUCGUCGUCCAAAUCAAACCGUUCUAACGAAACGCCAUAGUAUUUUUUCUUUCCACCUACGACCUCGGCGUUAUUAAAGAUCUUCUUCCGUCUGAACUGCCUCUAUCUCUUUGGUGAUAUCAUACCUAGGCUGAUACCUUAGCCUUCAAUUACUCCGUUUACUGGUUUAAGGAUACUUAAAAAGUGGUCACCAAUGAAAGUUACUGCUUGAUAUCUCUUUCCCCUGUUUAUGUUUUUGUUCAUCACAAAAUCACAAAGCGGCUUUUAAUGCAAAUGUCUUUCUUCCCUCGAACUUACCCAAUUCGCCGAAGUUCUAAUCUGUCCUCCAGAGCCCGGGGAGUAAGGAUGUUGUGAUAGAGGCUUGGUUUAUUACGAGAAGUCUUGUCUAUCCUUUACUUCACAUCAAAAUUAU